GUCCAUGUAUAAACUGGCCCUUUAAGAAGGAAGCUGCCUCUGGCUUUUUGGGAGAGGAGAAAUCCAGCCAAAAAAGGAAAGUGAGUACGACUGAGAGGGCACAGAGAGUUUGCUCAUGCACGGAGGCAGCGCCUAGCUUAGUCUAAGCUCCCUGCUACAAAGAUGGCGACAUCACAUCCUCUCCCAGAAGGUUUCUCUGAACUUGAAGUGUUUGGCUUUGGCACAGUGAUGAUGGUGGAAGCUUUGCUUGGAUUCUCCCUGAAUAUGUUGACCAUUGUCUCUUUCUGGAAAAUCCGGGAACUUAGAACACCUGGUAACUUUCUGGUUUUCAAUCUUGCCUUGUCCGACUGUGGAAUCUGCAUCAAUGCAUUCAUUGCAGCUUUCUCUAGUUUCUUAAGAUAUUGGCCGUACGGCUCGGAUGGUUGUCAAAUACAUGGGUUUCAAGGAUUUUUAACAGCACUGACUAGCAUUAGUUCUGCAGCUGCAGUUGCCUGGGACCGAUAUCAUCACUACUGCACUAGAAGCAAGCUGCAGUGGAGCUCGGUGAUCUCCAUGGGGAUAUUUGUCUGGCUUUUUGCUGCAUUUUGGUCUGCAAUGCCCCUCCUAGGAUGGGGUGAAUAUGACUACGAGCCUCUCAGAACAUGCUGCACGUUGGACUAUACCAAAGGAGACCGAAAUUAUAUCAGCUAUCUUAUUCCUUUGGCUCUUUUCAAUUUUGUGAUUCCUGUUUUCAUCAUGCUGACAGCUUAUCAAUCCGUAGAUCACAAAUUCAAGAAAACGGGACAAUUCAGGUUUAAUACCAGUUUGCCAGUGAAAUCUCUGGUCAUUUGCUGGGGUCCCUACUCGCUUUUAUGUUUCUACGCUGCAGUUGAAAAUGUGACUUUCAUCUCACCCAAAAUCCUAAUGAUUCCUGCUGUGAUCGCAAAGACCUCACCGGCGGUGAAUGCCUUCAUUUAUGCCCUGGGAAAUGAGAACUACCGAGGAGGUAUAUGGCAAUUCCUGACAGGGCAGAAGAUUGAGAAAGCUGAAGUUGAUAACAAAACUAAGUAA